UAUUCUCCCAUUCUGUAUAAACCUUGACGAUACUACAAAUAGUACAAACUCGACAUCUCGAGCGAUCGUAAAACGCGAUAUGCUUUGGUUUUGGGCAGAUAACAUAAAACAAUGAACAAAUACUUAUUAUCUACAGUGUUGGCGAUAUAUUCGUCUCUAUUGCCAGUAGUGCUUAGUGAUAAUACUACAAUGACUAAACACCUGAAAGUGUUAGUAUCUAGCAAUGAUUUGCCUGCGAGUGGUUUAAAACUUCUUCAGGAACAUUUCACUGUAGUACAAAAUCGCUUCUCGUACUACGGGGAUGAUGAAAAGGCUGAAAGUGAGGAAGAAUGCUUGAAACUCGUCCCCGGGUGUUCUGCGAUAGUAUGGGCCUCGGGUCAUCCCAUCACUGAUGAGCUGUUGGAUAAAGCAGGACCAAAUCUGAAAAUAGUGGCAACGACAUCAGCAGGGUACAACCACUGCAAUGUUGAGGGUCUGAAAGCGAGAGGCAUCAAGUUAACUAACACACCGGGUGUACUGAGUGCGGCCGUCGCCGAGAUAGCCGUCACCCUCAUGCUGGUAACUGCAAGACGGUUUCCCGAAUGGUUACAACAAGUUGAUAGUGGCAAAUGGGUAAAUGGUCUCGACAAAUUCCUGGGUAAGGACAUACGCGGGAGCACAGUGGGCAUCGUCGGUUUCGGUGGUAUUGGACAGGCUACAGCCAAACGGCUCGCUGGUUUCGAAGUUGCCAGGAUCAUUUAUAGUGGUCAUAGAGAAAAGCCAGAAGGAAAAGUACUGGGAGCCGAAUUUGUGUCACAAGAUGAUCUCCUCAAAAAUAGUGACUUCGUUGUUCUGGCCGCUCCAUUAACUGACCAGACCAGGCACAUGAUUAACCAAACUACACUGGCGAAGAUGAAAAAGAAUGCUAUAAUCAUUAAUGUUGGUCGUGGAGAUCUCAUUGACCAAGAAGCUCUGUACGAAGCGCUUAAGAACAAAGAUAUAUACGCAGCAGGCCUCGACGUCACCACACCAGAACCCCUGCCGCCAGAUCACAAACUGUUAAAACUUUCUAAUGUCUUCGUGACCCCCCAUAUUGGCAGUGGAACGGAGCGAACACGCAACGAGAUGUCCAUACUGGCGGCAACGAACGUCAUCAAUGCUCUCACUGGAAAACCUCUCGUUACACCUGUGUUGCCAUAGUAAUCGUACAUCCGUCUCUUAAAUUAUUAUUUAUGUUAUAAUUAAAAAUAAUUAAUCUCUAUGCAUAUAUGUAAAAUCACUAAUUUUACUAUAGACACUGGGUAGAAUUUCUAAAUGUGUGGAUACCUCAGGCUCACCUAUUUAAGCCGCCAAGCAGCAUGCUUUAUGAGCUGUUUCAAUUUAAGGAUGAGAUAAGACUGUGAAAUUACAGGGUUAAGAGGUGUGACAUCUUGUUUUAGACCUCCUGAACACAUUAGUAAUGUCGGCACCACAUAAUAACCUUUGUGCUGUUCAUGUAUUUUGGCGUUCUAUUUGCCAUUCCAAUAA